GUGUCAGUCUGUGUGCUGUUUUAGUCUGUAUGCUGAUUUAUAAGCUCAUUCUGACAUGGCGUGUGUAGCCGCAGGCUCGCUAGUGGUGUCAGACUGGCACCGAAGCCCCGAAAGCCGGGAAUUUUUCAGCAAGAUACUGCACAAGAAAAAGCGGAGAAAAUUCGGUCUGCUGGAAGCUCCUGCGAUGCCUCCACAUUUGAAAGCAGACAUAGUUCGUUAUAAAGUGUUCCUGUCAGGUAAAAGUGGAGUGGGGAAAACGACUCUAGCCGCUCGCCUUGCUGGUCUAGACAUGCCCAACACACACUAUGAGACCACAGGCAUGGAAACGUGCGUGGGGUUUUGGCCUGUGAAGCUCAGGGAGAGUGGCCGCGUGCUUUACUUCCACUUCCAGCUCUGGGACUGUGGCGAAAAUGCCAUGCGCAGAUUUGACCACAUGCUGCCGUCCUGUAAGGAACGUGUGGAUGCCAUUCUCUUCUUGUUCUCCUUUACUGACCGUGGAUCUUUUGAGGAUCUUUCCAAUCAAAUGUCUCGGAUUACAGAUCCAUCAGACAGACUAGUCAGAUUGGUGGUUGGGACCAAAUUUGACUUGUUUAUGCAUACAGAUGUGACAGACAGUGACAUCACAUGCUUUCAGGAGGUGUGGGGUGUGCCGGUGUUUCGGGUUGGAGGUGAUGUGAGCGGAGGCUUUGGUGAAAUUGCACCUCUUUUAAAUGCCUUGGCAGAAAACCUGUGGCACCAGGACUGUAUGCAUGCCUUCACGUCAGUACCAUCUUACCUAGGACACAGUGGCCCAGAAAUUAUUGUAUAAGCUCAUAUUUGUAAAGCACAUUGAUUGUGUUCAUGUUAAACACUGAAUCUAGUAUACACUUUGUAGGACUUCAACUCACAGACUUGUACUGUAUUAAAAAUAUACCUCAUUUAUAUAUGCAUUGCACUACUAUUACAUAAAAAAAACUGUGUUAAA